UUUUUCAUCCAUCGUUUUUCGUCACACGCACACACCUCUACACGCGCAGCGGUUUGCUGUCCAAAAUCUAGAGAGAGAAGACAGGGCAUCUCGCUUUGGCACACAGAAAAAUCUCUGAAAAACUUCGGCUCUGCUACUUGGGAAUCCGAAAAGGGGGUGGAGCAAACACAUUGGUAUGCGUGAGAUGCAGAAUAAAUCGGAGCGUUAUAGUAUGUGUGAACGCGAUCGUUCGGGUCGAAUGUGUCUAUGUGUGCGUGAAACCAUAUUUACACUUCUACUGCAAGUGGGUACGUAAGUGGGGCCAUACCCAACCAGCAAAACCGAAGCUAUUGGAUAACUUUCCUGUGUGCCAAAGCGAGAGAGCAUGUCUUUUUUCUCUAGGUUUUGAACGGCACAACGCCGAUCGUGUGGCCUAUGAACGAAAAACGGGAGAAGGGGAAACCGAUAUCCUUCGAGUGACACACACGCAUGCAUCUGCAUGCGUAUUCCGCUAAACCGAGACUACACAUCUCUCUCGAUCUCCCAUGAUUUUUCUGCUAUCGCGCUCAUCCGGGUGUUAGGCAUCCUCAGUCUGUCCAGAACUUUCACUGUGGAAGGAUGUGUUGGAGUGAUGUGUGAUUUCUUGUGUCCCGUACUUUGCUCGUUUACGUUUUGUGCCGUGUUCCUUCUUCUUCAAUUAUGGAAUGAUUUAUCCUUGUAUUUCUAAGGUAAGUUUCUUAUCCUCGUGUGUGCUUCAAUGGAUACAUUCAACUAACACUUGUCGUCUAAAAAGUUACAGUGCACGCGCAUGUUAAUCGACGGUUGCCAACAUCCCGCAAAACGAUCGACGGAAGGAAAACGGUGUCCGGUUUUAAAAUAUAAAGAUUUCAUUACAGCUCUUUCGUAGAAGAGCGCACUUCAAUGACGCCUAGGAUACGGCUAAACAUGCGCAGCACCAGUCCGUGACGUCAUUUCCAGACAGGCGCCGGCUGAACACGCGCAGCACCAGUCGAGGAUAUCCUAGCGCAGAGGGUAGAAGGAAGAACGAGAGGAAGGGUAACAGAAAGCAACCGCAGCAUUUGGAAGGGGUGAAGCAUCCUGCCGUAUACAGAGUGUGAGUGUGCCAAAACGCAUGUGGAAAGAGUAACACCAAUAAAUAGCAUGCGAAAGUGUGCAUAAAGCAAAAAGAAAAAGCGUCACUACUACAACCAGCAAUCCGAAAAUAUAAGGGGAGGGAUAAAUACAAAUGUAUGCGUAAGCAGGACCAGCAAUCCAAGCAUUUGAAUGUGUGCGUCGGUUUGUGCCGUGCUGAAAGUUUUUACUUUAGCUGCUGCUAGUGUAAAAACUUAAGGAAAGCUUAAAGUAAAAAUUUUUUACACGGGGCGCCUUCGGAAAUUGUUGGCUGGGUAUCCCAGAUAGCAAAGCCGAAGGCCUUUGUAUGGGAGCCGCGCUGAUCAAGGCUCACUUUUUCGCGCGCAUAAAGCAAAAUGUGCGCGAAGGCGAAAAAAACCCGAAAGCGCUUCGUGUGCCCUCUCUCGUGUUUCUAGUUUUAUUCUCUCUCGCAUGUCAUCAUUCUCUCCCAGUUUUUCGGAUUGAAAUGAGAAUUCACUCUCUUGAUUUGGUUGCGGCAGUCUAGCUGCUUCACAUUCUUUAUUCUCUUCUUUUUGCAGUUCCCAUAAGAGGAUUCACACAUGUGUUCUCACAUACUUACAUACACACACACACACGGUGGUUGGAAGCCUGGUGCGGCUGUUUCCAAUUCUGUCUUUUCUUCUUCCCUCUUCACACCGCGCUGGAGCCCGUGGUGGUGCGCGUGUUCAGCCUGCUUGGUUCAGGAAAGAUGUCAUCAGAUUUGGUGCGCCUCAACCGCGGUGUUGUAUGAAGGCUGUUGAUGAAAAUACACAAUUAAUAGACACAUUUUGUUAAAAAGAUUACACUUCAUUUAAAGAUGUGACAAACUUACCUUUGUGCUUGAGGAUCAAUUGAAACUUGAACGCCUGUGCACAUAGUGUCACACUUUUUAAGUAGUUUGAGGAACAGCUAGCGGUAGCAGCACACAUCUGAAACUUGUAAUGUGCAAAACAUUGCGUAUUAGAAUAAUAUUAGAAUUAGAAUAAAUGUCACAUAGCACUAGACACUUAGAAAAGGACACUUACCCAAACAAUUAGAUGAUAAAAAUUCGUCCUCCGAUGAAGCAGAAAGAACACCGCGGAUGGCGCAGUAUGGAAAGUGUUUCACGCAGGAAAAAUAGUUCACGCAGCACACAAACACACACUCUCACAUCCACGGUUCAGAGCACACUGAAGUCGCUCUUUGGCUUGGAUGCAAAAGAGCAAACACCCUGAUGAGUGCGAUGGAAGAAAAUGACGUGUGUUCAACAGGGAUGGGUAGAAUCCAACACACGAAGUGUGCAGGAGAAUUCUCUUCGUGUGGCAAGAGAGAAUUGACUAACACCCUGAUGAGCGAGAACGCAACAAACGUUGUGGAAUGUAGAAACGGGAUAGGAAUAGUAAGCGAAGGCAGUUUGUGGACAUGAGGGGGUUGAAACUGGGAGAAAAAAGCUUCGGUUGCUACUUGGGAUGUGUACGACACGAUCCCAUACACAACUUCGGCUUUUGCGGACUGGGAUGUGCGCGAUGGCGAAAAAAUCCGACAGCGCUUCGUGUGGCCCUCUCUCGUGUUUCUAGUUUUAUUCUCUCUCGCAUGUCAUCACUCUCUUUCCCUGUUUUUCGGAUAGAAAUGAGUAUUCACUCUCGUUAUUUGGUUGUGGCAGCCUAGUUUCACACUCUUUAUUAUCAUCUUUUUGUAGUUCGCUUAUCCCACAAGAGGAUUCACACAUGUGUUCUUACAUACUUAAACACACAGACACACACACUGGGCAAAAGCGAAGAUGAUUAUGGAGUCGACUACGCAAAGGUGGUACAGAAUUCCAUUGGCGGCAAUGGGACAGUAAAGACCUUAGGCCAAAUGGAAACGGUGGAAAUUCGAUACAUCGCCGCAGAGACGCAGACCAGCGACGUUGAAAAAGAUCUUCGGAAUAUGUUCACCGAGCUUGACGGGGUAACUUUCAAGACCAAGAUGACCAAAUCCUUCAACGGAAUGCAGACUGCUUCAGUGAAGCUCCCGACGAAACUAGCAACGCUAGUGGCAAGAUUCAGAUUGGAUGGUCAAUCUGCCCGGUGAAAAUACAAAUACCGAACAGGAGGUGUCUCAAAUGCUGGGAGACGGGCCAUUUCUCUCGCGAUUGCAAAGGCCCAGAUAGGACCGACUGCUGUCUGCGAUGCGGUGAAACAGGGCAUUUUGCCAAAACAUGCGUCAAACCUCCCAGAUGUGUCCUUUGUCCAGCGGGAACAAACAGCUUCUAUCCUAUUGGACCAAACACUAGAGAACGGACACCAAACUGUAGAACUAAACUCGAGGAUGGAACGAACAUAGGACUUAUACAGAGUUAACAGGCAGUGUGGGUCAUUGAGUUCUCUCGAAUGGCGACGAAUAAAUCCUAGCAUUUUGUUAGCUUUGUCUAAAAUAUCACAGUAAUGUUGUCGGAAAUCUAGUUUGCGAUCCAGGGUGACACCUAAAUCCCUGACCGUAUUGCACCGCGGUAGUUGUGUCCCUGAUAUGCUAUAGUUAUAUCUUAUCGGACUAGCUAUUCUAAAGAACGACAUUGACGUACACUUAUCAACAGAAAUUAGCAGGUCGUAUUUGUUACACCAGUCAGAGAAAACAUCAAUCGAUCCUUGCAGAGAAAGAGAGUCGGAAGUGUUCCGUACUAUACGAAACAGCCUAACAUCAUCCGCAUAAAGCAGACAAUCUGCUUCCGUAAUGGCCAGUGUGACGUCGUUAAUAAAAAGCGAGAACAGCAGUGGUCCCAAGUUGCUGCCCUAAGGAACGCCAGAGGAACUCUCGAUAACGUUAGAGGAGACACCAUCGAUUUGUACGUAGUAGCUACGUUCAGAGAUAUAGGACCUGAACCAUUUCACCAGCGGAGUAGAGAGACCGAUCCGGGCGAGCUUAGCCAACAGCAAGCGAUGGUUCACACGAUCAAACGCAGCCUUAAGAUGUAUACUGCAUCCAUAUGAGCUCCGGAAGUAAAGGCUGCGUGACAGUUGGAGACGAAUUUCACCAGGUUUGUGGUAACAUUGCGUCGAGGAAAGAAACCAUGCUGGCGUGUAGAAAUAUAAGAACGACAGUGAUACAUUAGCGAGUUUUGUAUGACGAUCUCAUACACCUUGGCACAAGAAGGCAAAGUGGUUAUACCGCGGUAGUUCUCAGCAGAGUUUUUAUCCCCUUUUUUGUACACCGGAAACAUCACAGAGGAUUUGCAGGCCGUGCGUACAGUACUUUAUGCAAAAGAGAGUUGGUAGAUUUGAGACAGAGGCUCUGCUAAAAAUUCGUGGCAUUUGGUAAGGAUAUUUCCGUAGGAAUACCAUCGGGUACAGGGUUGUAUGAGGUUUUGACCUGCUGCAGAGCACGUAGUACAGUAUCUACCGAGAUAAUAAUAUCGCGUACAUCAAUAUCAAACGUCAAACGUCAUAGUGACUGGUCGAAGAUUCUUUGCGCUCCGAUAUUUUAUAAAAUUAUUCAGUGAAAACUUAUCUCUAACGCAACCUGCUUGCUUGUGCUGCCAGCCUCAAGACCUAGUUUCCAUUAACAGUCAAAUUGCUCAUCUGCAAUCACCUACAAUCAUUUUUCCUGCUCUACAAUCAAUACCCCAUUUCAACUAUUUCAGUACCAUUUUACAAUGGCCGGUAUCUGCGCCGCUUGUGCUAACGACAUCGUACCUGCUGAUCGAAUUGUGAAAUGCCAGGGUUGGUGCAAUGCCGAGUUUCAUUUCACAUGCAGUGGACUCUCUGAGGAACUGUCCGCUAUUAUAGAGUCCUGUGCACAACUUUUUUGGGCAUGUAAGGCUUGUGUAAAGUUUCAUAGAGAUCCGCGUUCGGCUGUGCUUAGGUCCUCUACCCCUUACACCCACACCACUGUCGACUUAUCGUCCAGCAUUGCCGACCUUAAAGCGAGCCUCCAUAGUGAGCUGCCAAAACAAAUCACUGCUGUUAUUAAAUGCGAUCUCCUCGAAGCGCUGAAGGAUGAGAUGCGUUCCUGUUUGCUUUCAUCACACACCUCUACCGAUUUACCCACUCAACAACCCAUUCAUCGCAAUCCAGCAACAUCAUACCCCGAAUGGUUUAACUCAGUAGUUAACAAUAUUCCCGAUACUAUUACACCAACACAAACACAGUUCCCAUCUUUGGUGGCCUCACUUAGUGUAAGUGCAAUCAAACCGUCAUCCUACAUCAACAAAACACCACUUAACAACCCGCAAACACCACUACUAAGAGAAUCGGGAUCACCGCUUGCUUCAGAUACACUGGAUAUCAUUCCACACACUGAUACGCGUAUGUGGCUAUUCUUUACACGUUUCGCCCCAUCAGUUACCACUGAGAAAAUUUCUCAUAUGGUGCAAGUACGUUUAGCGCUUGACAAGCGGGAUGUGUUUGUUCACCGCCUGACGAAAUUCGGCGCUAACACUAGUACACUCUCAUUCAUCUCAUUCAAAGUGGGCAUACCGGCCACUUUACGCAGUAAGGCUCUAUCACCUGAGACAUGGCCCUCCGCUCUAACAUACCGAGAGUUUCGUGACUACCGGAACAACAACAAUAAUAAUCCCAAAACACGCGCCGUCAUCGAUACUAACUCGAUACAUCAACUCGCACACGAUCACCCUACCACUCUCGCUGUAGACAGCUAUCACAAUCCACUCUCACGGUCCGGAAUAAGCGCUCCGAUAUCAACCACCACUACAGAUAUGCACUCGCAGCCUGGUCCGAUUUCCUCUCCUGCUAUGACCACUACAGAUGCAGGUUUGUUUACAACUGAACCACAGCAGGAUCUCAACGAGCGAAUGCUUGUCACCACUACACCUACCAGAUCUCCUCCAGAAUGCUUAGCCGCUCCUAAAAAAAGACCGCGACGAGUUAACACUAAACGGACUGGUGAUUCUGCGGAAGCUGGUCCGUCAGAUGAAUAGCAAUUGAAUAUCAACAACACAACAACAACAUACCUACCGAUGUACUACCAAAAUGUUCGAGGCUUGCGUAAAAAACUGAAUGAUCUAAGACU